AGCUCCUUUACAAUAAGUCACAUGACUUACAGAAAAUGAGCUGCAGGAAAAAGUGAAAAAGAAAGUUGGAAGGUUGAUGGAGGAAACAGCUGGGAGGAGCUGAGUCUAUCAGACUGACCAAUGUCCUGAUGUUAAAGUCACAUCAGCCUCACUGAGCUGCUGGUGUGGCUGUAGUUUCUCUUCCAGGUGCUGUGUUCUUUGUAACACCUGAGUCUGAAUCAGCCAAUAGAAACCAGGAGUCUCAGACUUCAUCUCCUCUCAGUGAACUAACCUGUGACCAUCUGCAGCAGACACAGACCUCCAUCAUGAGCACCGCGGACCAGCUGCUGGAGAACAUGCUCUCCUGGAUCGAGCAGAACGAGGCCUGUGAGCAGCAGCUGAGGAAACUGGCCAAGGAGCUGGAGUCCAUCAGCGAGGUGAGCAAAGCUGGUCAAACUGUGGGCAGCACGGUGGCCGUGUUCGGAGCUGUAUGCACGGUCGCAGGAGGCGUGGCCACUCUGAUGAGCGGGGGAAUGGCUGCUCCGUUGUUACUGUUAGGAACGGCAUAUACAGCAACAGGUGGCGCCAUCUCUCUGUCGAGUGAAGUCCUCGAGAUCAUCUUUUCCAGCCAGCCCAUGAAGGAGGCAAAGAAAGCAGCAGAGAAGGGCGUGAGAAUUGAAAAUAAAAUCCAGCAACUGUUCAAGAAACUGAAGAUGGAGCGGAAGAGUCAGAAUCCGCGCGCAAACACAGACGAACUGGACCAACACGUCGUGAUUGAAAUUGUGAAAGCCAUCGCAAGACGAAAGGGACUGGUGGUGAAUCUUACAUUCAACUUUAUGUACGAUAACCGUCACAACAAAAACUUCCAAACCAUCUGUGUGAUGACGCUUGGGGUUUUAGCAGUUUUUGCGUUUAAACUCGGAGGAACGGGACUCCGGUCUCUGUACACAAGAGGAGCUGAGAGGAUCGCCAGACUGACGUCUACAACUGCAUGUAAAAGAGCCGCCAAGGUUGCCACAGCUCUUGGAAUGGUGUUCACACUUAAGGAGGCGAUUGAGAACUGGACAGACGUGAUCAAGAAAAAUCAUGUGACUCCAGCCAGCAAAUCACUGAGAGAGAAAGCCGACGAGCUCCGCGAGGUCACCCGGACACUGAAGGGCCAGCUGAACGAAAUCGAGGCGAUGCUGAGGAGAUGAGAAGAGGAGGAGGAGACCUGAUGAAGAGAGGAAGCAACAGCUGUUUGGAUUGAUGGUGUUAGGAAUACUCGUUGCUUUCUUUGCCUUUCUUUUUUCCUUACAGCAGCAUCAGGAAGGAAAACCAUGAGACCGGUCAAAAGCCUCCUGGAACAGUAAGGGGGGGGGGGGGGGGGUUCGUCAACUUUCAUUCAAGAGAUAAAACACCACCUGUCUGACGAAGGUUUGAAAUGUCUCCAUCAGUCAAGGGACAGUGUUUUAACAAACUGGAGUUAAAGAACUUUUAUCAAUUCUUAUCGUUUGGUCUUUUAUAUCGACACCCUCUUAAAAUAAUGGCCUAAGUCAUUUUUUCAGGUUUUUCAGGAAACACAAAAAACUCAACAAAAGAGUCACACUUUUGACAUAGGCCAUUAUACAACCGGGGGUAGAAUUGCAUGUUCCCCUCAACUGAGGAUUCAGGCGAUUUUACCAGAGGUGGCCAGCAUCAUGAGGGGGUGAUUUAGGCAAAAAAAACAUUUUUGUCAAAACAUGACUUAGGCCAUUAUUUUAGGAAGGUGACGAUAUGUAAAAAAUGUGAUCAGCCUCUUACCUGGGAACUUUCAACUUGUCGAUGCCGAGUUCUUGUAAAAUGCAAAUGAAUGUAAGGAAACAGACUUGUUGGCUGUGCUGCCCCCUGCUGGAAGCAGCUGGAACAACCAGCUCCACUGGAACUGGGAACUGUUCCUUUCUUUACUGUCUUCGCUCAGUCUCUAAUCUUUUACUGUUUUACACAUUUAAUGUUUUAAUCAUUUCAUCUUUUACUCUUUUAAACAUUUAAACAUUUGAUAUUUUAAUCAUUUCAUCUUUUUUAUAAUCUGUUUUUAUGCAUUUUAUUUUAUGCUCUGUGUGAACAGCUGUGUGUGACUUUGACAUUUGAUUAAAAUAUCUUGAUUAU